AUGUCUAAACAAAGUCUGCGAGUAUUGUUUGCACCGAUCGAUGCCGUCGGACACGUAAACGCAGCCAUAGGUAUUGCACAGGUAUUGCUGAACGCCGGACAUGAAGUGAUGUUUGUUAUUAAUGUCCAAUGGAAGGGACGACUAGAGCCGUACGGCAUACAGGAGGUGCUCAUUGCACAGGAUGAACGGUCAGCUGAUGUGGAUCCGGCCAAACAUUGGGCCGAUCUGUUUAUCAGUGAUGGACUCAAACAGUGGACACCAUUGGAAAAACUAGUUAAUAUACGGACAAAACUCGGUCCGUCGUUUGUUAAGAAAAAUAUUGAUUUGGAUAAAGCAUUGGAUGACAUAUUACCUAAUAUAAAACCCGAUGUCAUAAUCUUGGAUCAGGUUAUGUGUUUACCGUCGGUAGUACUGUCGGACAUACCGUGGAUACUAACGUGUAGUUUCAAUCCGCUGUCAUUUCUCAACGAUGAUCGUACACCUCCUGGAGGAUCUGGAUUACCAGCUUAUGAAUCUAAAAACGAUUGGAAAGCCUUUAGGAAAGUGGUCUCUGAGAGCCAAACAAAUAUGAUUGAUAAGGCAAAUGAAUUUCUUGUCGCCCGAGGAGUCAAAUCAAUGGACACCAAUAUGGCUGCCUAUCUUUCGCCAUAUUUAAACAUAUAUGGCUUUCCUCUGGAGUUGGACUAUCUCGAUAUGAGACCAUUGCCCCAAAAUUGGCUAAGAUUUGAUAAUUUCAAAAGAUACGAAAAAAUAUCCAAAUUUGAAAUACCAGUAGAAUUAAGGGACAAACCGGGAAAACUUAUAUACUUUUCGUUGGGAUCUAUGGGCGGUGCAGAUGUCCAACUCAUGAAACGAUUGACUAGUAUUUUGGCAAAGAGUAAGCACAGGUUUAUUGUAGCAAAAGGACCCAAUCAUACUGAAUAUGACUUACCCGACAAUAUGUGGGGACAACAGAGUGUACCGCAAAUAAAUGUUUUACCGAUUGUCGAUUUGGUUAUAACUCACGGCGGAAACAAUACUAUUACUGAAACAUUUUAUUUCGGUAAACCCAUGAUUGUUAUGCCAUUAUUUGGUGAUCAGUACGAUAAUGCACAGAGAGUUCAUGAAUUAGGUUAUGGUAAACGAUUGGAUACAUAUAACUGUACGGAAUGGGAGUUAUUGUCGGCAAUCGACACAAUAGUUAGUGACAAUUCAUUGACUGAGAAAUUGAAACAAAUUGCAAAACGUAUUCAAUCGGAUAACAGUUUAGCAAAAUUACCACAAAUUAUCGAAAAUCUCGUAAAUAAUAAUAAUAAUAACUAA